AUAUUUACAAAAAUACCUCAUAUGUUUUUGGGUUAUGUUGCCCAAGUGAAAGCAAUUUGUUUUUAUUUUGUUGGUUAUUUUAUUUGUUUAAUUUAUUAUUAUUAUUAUUAUUUUUAUUUUAUAAGUUGCCUGAUCAAACAUGUUAGUGCCCAUCAAAACAAAAUUCAUAGCAGAACAUCGUCGAUACCAUGCUAACAAACAAAGAGAUGAAUUGCCUAUCAACAAUAACGACAAUCUGGGUCGAGCAAUUGAAGUUACAUUAGCCACACCAACAAAACCGUGUCUCCGAUUGAUCCUUCAAAGAAAGGAUAAACCUCUGGAGAAGGAGUACUCUUUUAAAAAGAAAAACUAUUUCCUUAAUGAAUUCAAUCCUUUAAAUUAUUCCUCAUCUCAUAGACGUCCACAAAUUGGAUUACCUCAAGAUUUCAGAGAGGUAUCAUCCAUUAUUGAUGUCGAUAUUGUACCUGCAACGUGUCGACGAGUUCGCCUUAUCAAACACAGCUCGGAUAAACCAUUGGGUUUCUAUAUUCGUGAUGGGGACAGCAUUCGAUUGUUACCUAAUUCUAUUGAAAGAGUUCCUGGUGUUUUUAUUUCACGCCUUGUGCCUGGAGGAAUUGCUGAAUCAACUGGUCUUCUGUCUAUAAACGAUGAAAUUCUUGAAGUAAAUGGAAUUGAAGUGACAGGUAAAACACUGGAUCAAGUUACAGACAUGAUGAUUGCCAAUUCUUCUAAUCUUAUUAUAACUAUCCGUCCAGCAGUACAGGGUAAUCUUUCGGGGCCUUUAAAUUCAUCUUUACCUUCCAUUUCUGAUGAUGAAGACAAUGAAAUUCAUGAUAAUUCAUACUUUUCAUCUUAAUCAAGAAUCAAACUAUCAAUCAAUCAAUCAAUCAAACCUAAUCAAUGCAAAUAAUAAAACUAGUUCUUGACAUGUUUUUCAGUGUUAAGUGAAUAAAUUUAUAAACAUUGCAAAUGUAUCUACUUUAUAUCAAUUUUAAUGAAAACGUAUUUUUGUCAGAACAAAUCUACCAGACAUAACUUCAAA